AAUUUCCUCGAAAAUAUGGUAAAAGGAAUAACACCCGAGAAAGCUAUCCAUAUUACUUGGUUGAGCGUAGCCUUAACUUUGUGUUGGCCGCUUUCUGUCAAUAGUGGCAAAACUCAAGUGUUCGUUUUCAGAGUGUUACAGAUAAUUAGUAUUGUCAGCGCUUGCAUGCUGCUCCUCCCUUUGUCAUAUUCGAUUUAUCUGCAUACGGACGAUGUUAUCGUAUUUUUAAGAACUAUCAUCGUGUUUGUAGGUGUGGCUCAAAAUAUUAUUCAAACUGUCAUAUGCUUUGUAAAGUACUAUCCUCUACAACAUGUAAUCGAAGAGAUGAAAAUCUGCGUAAAAGAAGCGCAAAAAUACGAGAUAGAAAUUUUCCAGAAAUAUAUCGCGAAACUUAAAACUGUUUGGGGAUGUAGCAUAACGUGUAUGUACUUGACCGCUUUGGCAUUUACAAUUGGGCCUGUAUUCAUGUCAACUCCUCUUCCAUGCGAUGCGGAAUAUCCGUUUCAACUUAAUUAUACACCCGUAUUCGCCAUCGUAUAUUUCCAUCAAUCUUUCCUUAGCUAUCAGUGUCUCGCACAUAUGUGCAUAAGCAUGUUCGGAUCACUUUUACUUUGGUUCACGGCAGCAAGGUUUGAGUGUUUAUGCGUUGAAUUGCAGAACGCCACUGAUAUCGAUAUGCUGAUCGUUUGCAUUAAAAAGCAACUACAUUUACGAAGGUAUGCAAAAAAAGUGAUUAAUGGAUUUCGUUUUAUAAUAUUUAAUGCCAUUGGACUGAGCACACUUGUCCUUACUUUAGCCGGUAUUAUAUUAAUUACGGUAAGAAGAUUAAUUAUAACUUUUCGUAAUAAUAACAGACUAACUAAUAAAAUUCAUAAACAGAAUGUACCAAAAAUUUUGAAAUAUCAAUUUGUAAUUGUAUGUAUGACCCUAUUAGCAGAAAUUUAUAUGUAUACAUGGCCAGCCGAUUAUAUGACAGAUAUGAGUGUAAAUGUUUCACGAAAAGUAUACGAUUCAAUGUGGUAUAAACAAACAUUAAAAAUGCAAAAGAAUUUAUUGAAAGUAUUGAUAUUUCAACGACCAGUAAGUUUAUCUAUCAGUUGUAUAUUGCCAGAGCUUACAUUACGUUAUUAUUGCUCGUAUCUAUCCAAUGUUUUCUCUAUUUUCGCUGCUUUGCGUGUCGUCAUAGAAGAUAAUAUAUAAUAAGUAUUCUUAAACUAUUAUUUUGAUAAUGCAAUAAUGUAUAAUAUUAAUACUUUCUAGUCUAGAAAU